GGCUGGGGGAGCCCGCGCGUCACGUGCUCGGGCCCCGGCUCGGGUUCUCGCAUGUUAAUGAUGCGGGAGUUCCAAUCAGAACACGCCGGGGGGGUGGGCCGGGGGAGGCUCCUCUCGGGCAGGAACCACCCUCCUCCGCAGCGGAGGGUGGUCCGCUGUCACCUGACCGCCAGCCGCGCGCGGGCCUCUCGGCCCCCCUCCCACCCUCGCCUCCACCCCCCCGCGAGUCCGGGGGGCGAUGGUACUGCCUGCGCGGUUACAAAGUCCCCCGCCCGCGCGGGGCCGGCUCUGUGCAGCUCGCGCCCUGGCCGCGGCCGGGCUGCUGCUGGGGAUGCUGCUGCGGGGAUGCAGGAUGAGGAUGCUGAGGAUGCUGAGGAUGCUGAGGUCGCUCCCGCCUCCUUAGCGCCCCCCUCCUCUGCUUUCCCCUCCUCCCCGGCCAGCCUCUCCAUUCUCCUGGUGCCUCCUGCGCGCGCGCCAGCCAGCGGGGAAAGGCUCCUGUGCCGCCGCCGCCCGGGCUGCCCCGCGCCGCCGCCGCCGCCGCCGCCGGGAGGCUCUGCCCUCGCGCCUCGCCGCGCCGCCCGAGCUGCAGAUGUGGCCUUAGGCAUGGCGAUGGUAGCAGCGGAUUUACCCAAACUCCGUGCACUAAGUUGCAAGACGCGGAGCCGCGGUCACCGGGGAGCCGGACCAGAGGCCCUCCUCGCGCAGCUUCUCGAGGCCCGUCCAGAGCUUGCGGCCGCCGAGGGCAGCAGCGGAACAAACAGGAGACAAUGGAAGUUGGAGAAAGGAAGACGAGAUAAGCUGGGCUUUGCUGGUUUACCAUCUCUCCUGCUAAGGAGAACAAGAAAAGCGAAUUUGUGAACAUCUUUUGCUUUGGCACCGGAGACACGUCCCCUGUGCAGGGAGUAUGGCCCCGGAAAAACAGAUUAUCAGGUAUUAACAGAAGGGGGGGGCACAGCCUUCCCUUUGGAUGAUGCUGCUGCCAUCAGCUGCCAGCUCUGGGCCAAGGUUGGUGGCGGGCACAGUGCCCGCUUGACCCCUCUCGAGUCUCUGCUGUUCCCAUUCCUACAUCUUCCCGUUCUCCCCUAGGCGUGAAAAUUCCCUCAUCCCCCACAGCCAGGGACCGGCAUUAUACACUUUUUAGCCAUUUCCCAGUUGACAGAAACAGAUUUGUUUCCAGCUUUUUGUCAGCACAAAUAAUGUGCCAUGAAUUGUUUUCAUUCUUUUCUCUCCAUCAGGAAAUUUUUCUCAUGCCCCUUAUUAUUUAUUAUUUACUUUUAUUAUUUACUUUUAUUAUCAUUAUCUGCACUUUUGUCUGUAUCUUGUUCACUAGGAUCAUUUGAAUGUUGUCUUCCCCACCAGAUUGGGAGCUCCCUAAGGGCAGGGACCAUCUCACACCUUCCUUCCUAUCUCCAGGGUUUGUCACAGGGCCUAAGACAUAGUAGGUGCUGAAUAUAAUAUAGUAAUAUGAUAAGAUGCUCCUUGGAUUACUGGCAGAAACCUCCUUGGGACAAAUGGCUGCAGGGGAAUCACAGGCUCGGAGAGUACAGACGGCUGAGCUGUUUGUGCCAGGAAACUCCAGCUCCUUCUCCGGAAGAGCAGGACCGGCCACAGCAGAGGGUUAGGGGGCCCUUUGUCCCACGGCAUCUCCACCCAUGACUCUUCCUGCCUUUUAGGACCCUGGAUAGCUUGAUGGAGGUUGUUUUCGUUUGCAUUUUCUAUGAUGGUUAGAGAUUUUUAAUGCCAUUAUCAAUGUCGACAUUCUGCUUUCGUGAACUGAGUGUUCUUGCUUUUUGAGCCCUACUUUAAGGGGCUGCUUUAGCUCCCACACCCCGCGGAGGUUGAGGAUACGGCUAAAACCUGUUGGUGACGACCAGGUGCUGAGUGCUAAUGGGGCAGCUCCUGGCGGCCCGGAGAAGAUGUGGUUGGAGGCCCAGGAGGUGGGGUCCUACUGAAUCAGCUCUCCAGGCUCCAGCUAUUCCACCUGUAAGAAUAAGGGCCCUAGACCCAGAUGGGCUCAGAGUUCCAACCUGGGAUCCAAAGACAGAGUCCUAGACUGCCGUGCUCAUUACUUACCUAAGUGCUACUCUCCUGUGAAUGUGUCUACUGCUAUUGGAACAUGGAUUUCUUGGGGACAGGGAUUGCAGAUAGAUGGAUGGAUAGGUAGAUACAUAUAUCCAUGGAUGGAAGUUUGGAUGGAUAGAUGUUUAGAUAGAUGGAUGGAUGCGGCACAUAGAUGGAUGGAUAGGUACACAGACAGACAGAUAGUGAAUGGAUGGAUAGAUAAAUACAUACAUAUAUACAUACAUAGAUGAGUGCAUGGAAGUUUGCAUGGAUGGAUGGAUGGAUAAAUGGAUAGAAAGGUAGGUACAUACAUACAUACAUACAUACGUGGAUGGAUGGAAGUUUGUCUGGAUGGAUUGAUGAUGGAUGGAUAUUUAGAUAAACGGAUGAAUUGACCAUCAUCUAUGGUAGGUAGACAAACAAAUAGAUCUGUUGAUGGAUGAAUAGAUGGAUGGACGAUGAGGAGAUAGAUAAAUAUAUGCAUACAUACAUAGAUGGAUGGAUGAAAGUUUGAAUGGAUGGAUAGACAGACAGGCAAGUAGAUAGAUAUGAUAAGGUCUUCAAUGUUGGGUGUGAUUAGCAGAGAAAUUGAGAAAAACUAGAUAUUGCUCAUAAUUAGCACAGGGCCUAAGAUGUUCAUUGUUGCUUGUAUCCAACUCUUUGUGACCAUGGAUUGUUUUGGUUUUUUAACAAAGACGUUGAGGGUUUGCCACGUCCUUCUCCAGUGUAUUAAGGCAAAGAAAGAUUAGUCCAGGGUCACACUAGUAAGUGUGCAAGGCUGUAUUCAAACCACAGCUCCCCGCCUCCAGGCUCGGCACUCUAUCCACUUAGCCUCCCGGCUGCCUCAGGAGGCUCAUAGUUAGCAUGCUUUUGCCUUCACUCACCUGUACCACCCACUCCCUCCCUCAUUUUACAGAAGACUGAGACAUGGAGAGGAGUGGUUUUCCCCAAGUCUUGCAUAUACUUGACAUCAGAAGAGAGACCUGACCCCAGUCCCAUGAUUGGAAAAGCAACACUCUUCCCACCCGACCCUACAACUCAUAAGAGAAUAUGUCAGGUUGGUUCACCGUGGCCCAGAAGCCUCAAAGAAAUGCAGAAAUAGAUAAAAACAGAAAGAAUAAAUACCUAUCACUGUGCUUUUUGCUAUUGGGGGUUAACAUUUUGGGGUUCCCUGGGCUGGCUACCAGCAGGUUUGGGUGGGUGCCGAUUCCACAAAAGACUAAGUGGUAUUUCUCGGGCUGGCUCAUUGUUUUUGUUUUGCUCUAGGUUUUUUGUCUGCUUCUCUGGUGCUGUGGGGUGUUUGGGGAGAGAGGGGGUUUGAGACUGGCUCUCCAUCUCUCACCCAGAUUAGACGUACAAUAGGCCGACCCCACUGCUGACGGCCACGGGAGCUCCUUCCCACCUGCUUGACCCCUCCUCAGGCACCAUGGGAUCCUGUUCCCAGGGACUCACCACACUGGCACCAGAGCCUUGCAGUGGCUCCCACCCGCCCACCUCCUUCCGGCAGCGGGCACCCCAGGUACGGACCAUGGCCAGAACAGGUACGUGCUCCCUGAGGGACUUUGUCCUUUCUCUGAGACAUGUUAAUGCUCGUUUUGUUUGCUCAUUGGCUUUUGUUCAGUGCUUGUUAUCCCAGGUCUUUUCCAAAUGUGAAGGGUCAGAUGGAGGACUUUGGAGACUCUCCCCCCACUGCUCUUCAGAGUCUAUGCCCACCCCAUGACUUUGGGCCAGUCACUUCCCAGGCCCCGCGGCCUGAGCAUCCUGAGUCUGUAGGCCGAGUCUGCCAGCAGCUCUGAGGGCAUCAGCAGCUCCCACAGGCCCAGAGCAGAGGGCAAGCUAGAGAAACGCUGCCAGCCAGAGACAGAAGCUUCUCAGGGAGCCUCGGGGGUGAGAUUCAGACCCAGGCUCUCCCCACUGUCCCUCCCCCUGUACCAGCCUUCUGAAGGCAGCAGGACUUUAGUUAUUAGAAAAGAGUUGGGUGUACGUGCUUAAUUAUGCUCCAAGCCAACCUAACCAGAUUUUAUUAUGUGUUUACUCCGUGACAGUGUUAGGGCAGCUGGGUGAUCUAUCAGUGGGUGGAGCUCCGGGCCUGGAGUCAGGAAAUCCCGAGUUCGGAUCCAGCCUCAGACACUUCCUAGCUGGGUGACCCUGUUUGCCUC